AUGCUGGAGGCACUUGUGAGCGAGAGCAGCGUGGCCGAGGAGCAGCUGCGGCAGAAGCGGGAGCACUCCCCCUCAGCCGUUGGCCCUCCCGCAGAUAUUAGACAGAAAUUAGAAAAGUUGGAGGACUGGAAUGAGAAAGACAUGAAUGAGCUACUGAAGGAAGCUCAGAAAGUGUAUGUUCAGAGGGACGAAGAGUGGGAAAAGCAGAAGAUUCAGUUAAUGACAGCUACGGUUGAGGAAGUGAAUAAAUCGGGCUCCCCUUCCCCGCUGCGGGAGCAGCGGGAGGGGUGGGAGCUGCAGGAGCUCCCGGACCGGCUCCUGCAGGCGCUGCGGGAGCUGGACCGGCGGGAGUCGUGGGGGGGCUCCCUGGCACGGGGGGGGAAGCCCACCUUUACGGGAGGGGGAGAGAAAGAGGAACCAAAGGAGUUUACAAUCUCUGCCUCUCAUGAAGACAGAACAGAGACGCAGAGACAGGGCAAACUAGUUUCGGCUGCUGAGAGAAGGCAGAAGCGAGGUUUACCUCCGUUUGAUAAGAACGCAGAAGCAGAUGGCGAAUUAAGUGACAGCUUGGAGGAGGAAGAAGCAGACCCACCUGUAGUAAGGCCAAAAACAAAGGGGAAGAGGGCCCGUGAAGCGUUAGCUGCCCCCGACCCGAUAGCAGUCUGGGCCAGCGAAUACCCUGGGAGGUCAAAGCAAGCUGAACCAGUAAGCAUCACACUCAGGCCAGGAGCAGUCCCGGUAAGGCAAAAACAAUAUCCUUUGAAAUUAGAAAGCCGAAAAGGCUUAGCGCCUAUAAUUGAAAAGUUUCUUAAAUUUGGUUUACUGGUAGAGUGUGAAUCCAGAUUCAAUACCCCCAUCCUACCAGUGAAAAAGGCUGAUGGCAAAAGCUAUCGGCUAGUCCAAGAUCUUAGGGCCAUCAAUAAAAUAACUGAGGACAUCUACCCAGUGGUAGCUAACCCCUAUACAACCACAUUGACAGAGGAUUUAGGAUGGUUCACAGUACUCGAUCUUAAAGAUGCCUUUUUCUGCAUUCCUGUGCAUAAAGACAGCCAAGAAAUUUUUGCCUUUGAGUGGGAAAAUCCUGAGACAGGGAGAAAAACGCAACUAACCUGGAGAGUUCUCCCCCAAGGCUUUAAGAACAGCCCGACAAUCUUCAGGAGACAGUUGGCAAAAGAACUGGAGGACUGGAGAAGGCAGCAGCAAGAAGGAGUUGUCCUGCAGUAUGUAGAUGACAUCUUAAUUGCAGCCAGGACCCGGGACCAGUGCAUCGAGGUCACUGUAAGUCUCUUGAACUUUUUGGGGCUAAGUGGGUAUCGGGUCUCAAGAGAGAAGGCACAAAUAGCCAAAGAAAUAGUCAUCUACCUGGGCUUGAAAUCUAUCGUGGGGAAUCGGCGACUCAGCACAGACCGAAAAGAGGCCAUCUGCCGUCUCCCAGAGCCCCACACUGUACGAGAAAUGCAGGCCUUCCUGGGAAUGGUAGGAUGGUGCCGGCUGUGGAUAGCUAACUAGGGGUUGCUAGUUAAACCUCUGUAUGAGGCCCUGAAAACGGCCAAAGAGGGAGUUAUAACAUGGACAGAUGAAACCAGAGAUGUAUUUAAACAACUGAAACAGUCCUUGAUGUCAGCUCCAGCACUAGGAUUACCAGACCUAACCAAACCCUUUGAACUGUUCACGCAUGAGCAAUUGAAUGUUGCUCUGGGAGUGCUAUCGCAGACUCUGGGAAGCCAAAGAAGAGCUGUGGCUUAUUUCUCUAAACAGAUAGACAGUGUUAGCCAAGGGUGGCCGGGGUGCCUGCGAGCUGUGGCAGCAACUGUUAUCCUGAUUGAAGUGGCCCGGAAGCUCACCCUUGGGCAGCACAUCACCGUGUAUGUACCCCAUGCAGUUCAAGCCGUGCUUGAACAAAAGGGAGGCCACUGGCUGUCCCCCAGCAGAAUGCUUAAGUAUCAGGUUGUGUUGCUGGAGCAGGACGAUGUUACUUUGAAAACAACAUCUAUUGUAAAUCCAGCUAUGCUUCUGUCCUCAACACUAACCGACAGUGUCCCCGAGCAUGACUGUUUACAGACCAUAGAAGAGACUUACUCCAGCAGACCAGACCUGAAAGAUAUGCCUCUGGAGGAUGCAGACUGGGAACUGUAUACGGACGGAAGCAGCUUCAUGCGAGAUGGUAAGCGCUUCACAGGGUAUGCAGUGACGACCAGAGAUGAAGUGAUCGAGGCAAAGGCCUUACCAGCAGAUGUGUCAUCCCAAAAGGCAGAGUUAACCGCGCUGACAAGAGCCUUGGAACUGAGCGAAGGAAAGAAGGUAAAUAUCUGGACUGAGUCAAAAUAUGCAUUUAGUGUUGUACAUGCCCAUGGAGCCAUCUGGAAAGAAAGAGGACUACUGACAGCCCAAGGCAGUGGAGUCAAGCAUGCAGACCAAAUCCAUGCACUCCUGCAUAGUAUCUGGAAACCGGAAGAGGUAGCAAUUAUGCACUGUAGAGCCCACCAAAAGGGGAAAACAACUCCCGAGUUGGGAAAUCAUUUUGCUGAUCGAGCAGCAAAAGGGGCUGCAGAAAAAGGCAUCCUAGCGAUAGUACCGCAAAAAGAAAUUGACUUAACGAAAUACACCCCUAGAUAUGAUGAAAAAGACAAUCAGCUAAUUAAAUCACUGAAAGCUGAAAUCAAGGAAGGGGGGUGGGCUGUCACACCCACAGGACAGGUUAUAGUUCCACCACCGCUCCUUAGGGAAAUAGCUCAACAGGAACAUGAGGCUACCCACUGGGGAGUGGAAAACCUUCUAAAACAUCUAAAGAAAACAGUAAUAGGAACAGGAGACUGGGUCUACGUCAAGUGGUGGAACAGUGACCCCUUGCAAGCCAAGUGGAGAGGACCAUACGAAGUCCUACUGACUUCCCUCACCGCCGUCAAGGUCGCUGGCAGAGAACCCUGGUUCCACUAUUCCAGAGUCAAGAGAGCAUCAGCUCCUGGAACAACCAGCAAAUCAGAACCGGACACCGACGAAGAAGAUGUGGAAUAG